AUGAGAGAUUCCAACUACAAGUCCAUCUCAAAUAAUCGGGCUGCAGUCACCAUCACAACGAGUCUCUACGACCGUCGUGCUUUGGAUGUAACUGCAGACAAACCGCUCGUCAACUCUUUAAACCACUUGACUUAUCUUGUUUCUUCCAGCGCCAAAGUUCGUGAAACGCUCUCAAACGACGGCGGAAUCGAACGCUUGGUAGAGAUCCUUCACGAGUGUCACAAUACCACUUACAACGUGAACGACACCAUUUUUAACAGCGAAAUUAAGUUGCUCACUGCCUGGAAAUGGACAUUAGCUUUUCAAUGUCUAGUUCUCGUGGGCACUCGAGGAACAGAGAAAAUUCGCCAGAAAGUAGUGCGUGCUGGCAUUCUUCCUAUUAUUGCCACCGUCUUGGAUAACUACAUGAGUCUUCACGAGGGCAGUUUUGUGGCUCUUGCUUCUUCUACUCAGGAUCCACUGCUGUGCUUGCACUACCAGGGCCAACCUUCCUACGUCAGCGCUUUUGCAGACGAAACCCAGAGUGCCGCGUACAUGAAUAUCCGUUUCCCACCCGCUGCCCCAGAGGCGGAGCGGCUUUCGCAGGUCGAGAACCCGCAUGACGCACAUAACGGCUCCAUUCGGGUUGGCUCCCGUGACACUAGAGCAGACCGCCCCGAUGCUCGUUCGGGUUACUUCAGCAACAGCCACAUUAACAGCUUGACAAGUGAGGACUUCGAUAGCCUUUCCGUUGACCAACUUUUCAAACUUAUCCGUGGCAACCAUGCACCCGAGCAGUCUGGGCGGAACUCGGUCAACAAUGACAUACGAAGACGUUUCCUCAUCAUCAGUAUUAUUAAGAAGUUGCGUGAGGAAAAAGAAGGUGAUGACCUUGACCAGGGUGCCUUCCAGCGCGAGUAUGAUAUGGACAACAACUUGCAGUUCCUCUCCGAUUUGUACUUACAAGACGAAAAGGCAACGCACUUUUCUUCAGCGAUCCAUUCGAAAAUCGCUCCGCGUAACUUUACUGAAACCGGCGUGGUGAUUCCGCGCGAUGACGAUGUUGUGUGGUGUUUGCAACUUUUAGCUUACAUCUCCAAGUAUCCAUAUCUUAAGGAAGUAUUGCAGAAUACGCAUUUGAUCAUCGACAUGAGCAUUCGUGAUAAACAGUUGCGUAUGUUUGCUGAGCGUCAGAUGAAGGCGAAAAUGCGGCCAGAAAUGGACAUUGCCUCACGCCAAACUCUUACCCCGAGAUCACGAAAAGGAAGACUCUUUUCCCCUGGUGCUUUGCCCCACUCAUCUGCAGCUAUGAGUGGAAACUCAGACACCUAUAUUGAACGCUUCAAUCCUUCUCCUUCGAACUCGCCUCAAAUGCUGAGCGACUUAAACAUCCGCAAUGAUAAUUUUGAUUUGGGAGAUGAUAAGCUCGACUUGUACAACAAACCAGACGAUGAAGGCUUGACUGAAAAUGCUGAAGCAAACGACUUUGACGAUGACUUGGACGACUUUGACGAAGAUAGCGAUCACCGUAAGAAAAGCUUUGAUGAUGAAGUAGAUGACUACUUAUCCAACUUUGACGACAAUGUGACCGUGACUGCGCAGAACUCCACUUAUUUGAACAAGUUGUAUGAUUCCAUUAUUGACGCUGAGUCUAUUACGAACGACUUAAGCCGGGAUAUUGCUUUAUUUCACAUUAGCGACAAGGUCAACAAAUACAUCGAGGCAGAGUGCAAGUCCUUGAGCGAUACUAUUAUAAGGAAGCGGUUGGAGCAAAAAGAGUACCUUUCGCGAAAAUGGGACUACGAGACUUACCAACAUUUCGACAUAGAUCAUGAUAUGAGGGAAGAUUGCGAUUACGACGAGUCACUCAUCGAGUACAAGAAGGUUAACUUGUUCCCGAUGGUUGAAAAAUUUACUUUUUUGGCUGGCACAGAUAUGUAUUACUGGUCUGGUGUCAUCAUGAGAAACCUGUGCCGUCGCAAUGAUUUUAAAGGAGGCGUGAGACAAUGUGGCAAUCUUGAAUGUGGCAAGUGGGAAAAGUACCCUAAAGAAUUUAGCAAGUGCAAAAAAUGCAAGCGCACAAAGUAUUGUUCAAGAGAAUGUCAAAUGCGUGCUUGGCAUUGCCACCGAAAUUGGUGUGUCCCAAGUAAUGCAUCUACAAAUUCCACUGCUACGGCGACUUCUGGUGCCACUAAUUAUGAUGCCUCUCAUGAAAUUGCCACAGUUAACACUGCGCCUUCAGACUCCGAAGGGCUAAAUUCGAAUACGGGAGAUUUAUCCCAGUAA